AUGAUUCUGACAGGAAAGCUUAAAGUGAUAGUGCUGCUCAUGACACAGAAGUGUAACAGAAGAGAAUGCACGGUCAGCUCGGACUCUCUGCCGCCAUUAAGCUACAUCUUGCCAGAUACAAGGGAAGGAGGGACAUUCAGCAAGUGCCUGAUGUACAACGGAAGCGCCCUGGACGGUGCUUCCGUGGUGCCCUGCCAGCACGGCUGGGAGUACGACGACACGUGGUACCCUCAGACGGUGCCGUCAGAGAUGAACUGGGUCUGCGACGACAUGCACAUCGUCAGUGACGUCAUGUUCUAUGCACAGAACAUUGGAGCAGUCCUGGGGCUGCUGUUCGGCUACAUGGGUGACAUGUAUGGACGUCGCCCGCUGCAGUUAGCCUGCGUGGUGAUGCACGUCGUCAGCAGGGUGGUGAUGAUGUACACAACGUCUCUGCUCCCGCUGUUCGUCGUGGCGGAGUCGCUGGUGGUGGGCGCUGCAGGCGUCAUGUUGGAGUGUUCGGUAUCUGUAGGGACGGAAUUGACGGAUAUCAGAAACCGCUCUUGUGUCAAUUGCAUGGCAUACGUUGGUAUACCUAUAGGAUUGGUGUCCGCCUGCUUGUGUGUUCAGAUAUUUCCAGGCUGGAAGCACUCCUUGCUUUUUGCAGUACUGUGCUGCCUUGUAUUACUACUCUUCUGCAGGUGGUUCCCCGAGUCGCCGCGCUGGCUGACGUGCAGGGGGCGCGAGGAGGAGGCGCUGAGCGUGCUGCGGCGGGUCGCCGCCACCAACGGCUCCAGCCUGCCGCCGUUCACCCUGCAGGUGCUGCACCGCGUGGCCAAGGCCAAGCGGGACCGCGUCGGCUACCUGGCCAUCUUCUCCAGCUGGAACCUCUUCAAGAACACCCUCCUGCUCGCCAUGGCCAGAUCCCUGUGCUGGGUGACGAUGGUAGCACUGGUACUGAGCGUGGGCAUCAUCAGCGUGAACCCGCUGGUGGCGGUGUCUGCUCAGGCCGUGGCACAGGCGGCGUCUGUGCUGCUGCAGCACUACUGCGGGACGCACUUCGGGCGCCGGUGGUCCAGCGUCGCGUGUCUGGCGCUGGUCGGCCUCCUGGGUGCACUCUGUGUCGUACUGCUCACAGUCGGUGUUCCGAGUGUCGCCAUGGCAGUGGUAGUGAUGGCCAUGCAGUUCUGGUCGACGGCUGGUGCAGGUGUCAUCAACCUUCAGAGCAUCGAGGUGCACCCCACGUGUCUGCGACAGAUUACCGCCAGCGUAGAGUGCACGGUUGCUGGUGUUUGCAUGUCACUUGUUCCGUACAUCGUCUUUCAGGGAGGCUCGGUGGACCGUAGGCUGCCGUUCGCCAUCUUGUCAGCGAUGCACCUGCUAGGAGCGCUGUCGGUGUCGUUCCUGCCGGAAACUGCGCUGCAGAGGCUGCCGGAGUCUCUGCAGGACGCCGCCGAGUUUGGCAGAGGGCGCCCCUACUGGAGCUGGAGACUCAUCGCCCCGCCGUCAUACGUUCAGGGACAAUAGGCGCCCUCGGUUACGGUCCAGUCUCCCAUUUCGUCUUACAUACUUCAAACUGAAGAACAAUUUAUCUACUGAAGUAGGAAAAAGAGCUUUAACUCUAGUAGUGUACAUACAGGUAUAUUGAUUGUCGCAACGAAGUA